AUGAUGGUGUCACUUGUAAUUAUUCCAAAAUUAACAUCUUCAGAGGUUAUGGCAUUAUCUUAUUUCAGUAUUAAACAAGAUUUGAUUUCUGAUUGUUCAUUUGUAGCAAGUUUAGCUGUCAGUGUACAAUAUGAAAAAAAAUUCAAUAAACACCUGGUGACUAGUAUCAUUUAUCCGCAAAAUAACAAAGGAGAACCAGUCUACAAUCCGUGUGGAAAAUAUAUGGUGCGCUUCCAUUUAAAUGGUGUUUGGCGUAAAGUUAUAAUUGAUGAUUAUCUUCCUGUCGAUCGACAUAAUCGUUUAUUAUGUUCGGCAACCACUAAUAAAAAUGAAAUCUGGGUCAGUUUAUUAGAAAAAGCUUAUAUGAAAGUGAUGGGUGGCUAUGACUUUCCCGGCUCCAAUUCGACCGUUGAUCUUCAUGCUUUGACAGGAUGGAUACCAGAAUUGCUAACAUUACAUCACUCGGAUACACCAUUUGAUAAAGAUAAAGAAUUUGAUCGAAUGUUUGAACGAUUUCAUCUUGGCCAUGUUUUAAUUACAGUAGCCACUCCUACUUUGUCGACAGAAGACGAAGAGCGUAGCGGUUUAGUUAGUAGUCACGCUUAUGCAUUACUGGAUAUGAGAAAGAUAAGUGGUCACAAAUUAAUAAUGUUAAAAAAUCCAUGGUCACAUUUGGAAUGGAAGGGAAAUUUUAGUGAUCACGAUUCAACUAAUUGGACACCAGAACUCGUGAAAGCACUCAAUUAUGAUCCAAAACUACAAGUCGAUAUUGACAAUGGUGUGUUCUGGAUUGAUUAUAAUUCACUGUGUAAGUGCUAUAGCAAAUUCAAUUUUUAUCUUAAUUGGAAUCCAUCGUUAUUUGAUUAUACAACUGUUAUACAUAAUACGUGGUCAGCUAGACAAGGUCCUGUAAAAGAUCUGUAUAAUUUAGGCGAUAAUCCUCAGUAUUGUCUUCGAAUUAAUUGCAAAAAGAAAGCAUCAGUAUGGGUAUUAUUAACACGUCAUAUAACAGAACGUCAAGAUUUCGCUGUAAAUAGAGUGUUCAUAACACUGUUUGUAUAUAAAAAUGGUGGCCAUCGACAAUAG